AUGGAUUGGCUUCAGCUGUUUUUCCUCCAUCCUGUAUCACUUUAUCAAGGGGCUGCUUUUCCUUUUGCACUUCUGUUUAAUUAUCUCUGCAUUAUGGAUUCAUUUUCCAUCCAUGCCAGAUACCUCUUUCUCCUGGCUGGGGGGUCCGCCCUGGCCUUGGCUGCUAUGGGUCCCUUUGCUGUGCUGGUCUUCAUCCCUGCUCUGUGUGCCACGGUUCUGAUUUGCUUGCUGGGCCCACAGGAUGUCCACAGGUGGGCUUUCCUCUUUCAGAUGGGCUGGCAGACGCUGUGUCACCUGGGGCUGCACUAUACUGAGUAUUAUCUGCAAGAACGUCCUUCCGUGAGGUUCUGCAUCACUCUUUCUUCCCUCAUGCUUUUGACCCAGAGGGUCACAUCUCUCUCUCUGGACAUUUGUGAGGGAAAAGUGGAGGGAGCAUCAAGAGGCCUCAGGGACAGAAGCUCUCUGUCUGAGCAUCUGUGUAAGGUACUCCCCUAUUUCAGCUACUUGCUCUUUUUCCCGGCUCUCCUAGGAGGCCCCCUGUGUUCCUUCCAGAAAUUUCAGGCUUGCGUUCAAAGGUCCAGGAAUUUGUGUCCCAGGAGCUCUGUCUGGGUUCUUCCCUGGAGGGGUCUGCAGAUGCUGGGCCUCGAGUGCCUAAAGGUAAUCCUGAGGAAGGUGCUGACUGCAGGAGCAGGUCUGACCCACUGCCAGCAGCUCCAGUGCAUCUUUGUCAUGUGGUCCACAGCUGGGCUCUUCAAACUCACCUACUACUCCUGCUGGAUCCUGGAUGACGCCCUCCUCCAUGCAGCGGGCUUUGGACCUGGGUUUGGUCAGAGCCCUGGUGAGGAGGGAUCCAUCUCCGAUGCGGACAUCUGGACACUGGAAACAACCCACAGGAUAUCCCUGUUCACGAGAAAGUGGAACCAAAGCACAGCACGGUGGCUCAGACGCCUGGUAUUCCAGCAGGGCGGGGCCUGGCCACUGCUGCAGACAUUCGCCUUCUCCGCCUGGUGGCAUGGACUCCAUCCAGGACAGGUGUUUGGUUUCCUCUGCUGGGCUCUGAUGGUGGAAGCUGAUUACCUGAUUCACACCUUUGCCAGCUUGUUUAUCAGUUCCUGGCCAAUGCGGCUGUUCUAUAGAGCUCUCACCUGGGCCCACGCCCAGCUCAUCAUUGCUUAUAUCAUGCUGGCCGUGGAGGUCAGGAGCCUCUCCUCUCUCUGGCUGCUGUGUAAUUCUUACAACAGUGUCUUCCCCAUGGUGUAUUGUAUUUUGCUUUUUCUAUUAGGAAAGAGGAAGCAUACAUUUAACUGAUAUCUUUCCCCAGCCUUCCUCUUAUACAUCCACGAAACAGGGUUUAGAAAGUUCUAGAUGGUGUGUUCAUGAUGCAUAUGCUUGGACUUUUCCAUACUAGGGUUUUUCUUUCAAGUAUUGGAUGUAUACACCUGCUGUC